UUAUGUACCGCCGGUAAGUAUAGGCUUGCACUACGAUCAUGGCGAUCGCACGACACGAUGAAUAUUUGCACAGUGGCACACUGCUAGGGCCUACGGCCACUGCAGCGCAGCAUCGUCGCACUGGAUCCUAAGAAUACUUCUCAGUAUAGGCGGCCGUGCUGCGAUGUGAAGAUCGACAUCAACUUGCUGGCCAGACGGACGACGAUGACUCCUUUCAAGCUCUGUAUCUACAAAAACGAGAGCCAGGAGAAGACCAUGGUGACAUCGGAAUCCUGAGGUUCCCGAAUUCUCGCACCCGUACUUCAAGAUAAGUAAGUACUGUUUUCUCAAUUUAACUCAAGUGGUUACGGCACUAUGCCUUCAACACCAGCGACGCCAGGCCUACCGCAUCAGGCUCGUCUCUUGGUCUCCGAACGUGUUUUGAUGGUGCAGAACGAUCAGAAUGGGAGAAUUGGAGAAUUCAACGCUCGCAACUUUCAGCCGCGCAAGUCAGUCAUCCAGGGGCUAACCGAGCAGGCAAAGAAGAAGGCCAGCGAAGGGACGGAAUUACUUCAGGUCGCUCAAAGUGUCUGAAGAACUUGAAUGUCCCAUUUUAUUGCGCGGUCUCAAUGGCAAUGUAGCAGCGAGUUCAGCGAGGUGACUCCGGCCGCAUUCAUGCCAGUAUGUAUACUCCUGUCAGAUUAUCAAAUGAAUGGACAUUGUGCGAA